AUGUCCCCCCCUGUCUACUGUGAUGCAAAGAAAAAAGAGUUUCUGAAUUUAAGACAAGGGAGUAUGUCUAUUGCAGAGUAUCAACAAAAAUUUCUCAAGCUUUCUCACUAUGCUGGAGGUAUUAUUGAUGGUGAAAGAGACAAGUGCAGAAGAUUUGAAGAAGGUUUGAAUGGUUACAUUCGAAAAUCUGUGGCAAUCUUGCAACUUGAGGAUUUUUCCAAGCUAAUUUCAGCUGCUCUUACUUGGGAAAGAAUUGACAAGGAAGAAGCUAGUAGGAGAGAAAACAGAAGAGCUUCUGGUGCUUGUUUUAAUUAUGGAAGUAUGGAUCAUAAAGUGAAGGAUUGUCCUAAUCCUAAUCCUCUUUCUUAUACACAUACAGAGGGCUCAGUUCAAAAGCCUAUCACUACUCAUUCUCAAGCUAAUAGCGGUGCAAGACCUAGAAAUAUGCAAGCGGCAGGUUCGGGUGGAGAUAAUCAGGCUAGUGGGUCGAGAUCUACUACACGAGUCUAUGCUAUGAGACAGAAGAAUGACCAAGAUGACCCGAACGUGGUUGUUGAUAAAUUUCACUUAUUUGGCAUAUAUGUUGUUACAUAUUUGAUCCUGGAUCUUCGCACUCUUAUACUUGACUUUGAUGUGCUGGUCACGAGUCCAUUAGGUCAUCAGGCUGUUGUUAACAGGAUUUACCAAGAUUGUCCAUUCAUGAUUCAAAAUCUGGUCUUCCCUGCAUACUUGCUUGAAAUACCCUUCCAAGACUAUGAUGUUAUUGUUGGUAUAGAUUGGCUUCAUAGGCACCAUGCGUUGGUUGAUUGUAGGUUGAAGAAGAUGAUUUGUCAAGGUUGUGAUACCUAUCUUACUCCUAUAGUCGAUACACGAUUGGGGAGUCCAAGUCUUAAGGACAUACCAAUCGUGUGCGACUCUCCUGCUGUAUUUCCUGAUGAUCUUCCUGGGUUGCCUCAAGAAAUGGAUAUUGAAUUUCCUAUAAAGCUUGUUCCUAGAACUACUCCUCUUUCUAUCGCUCCUUAUAGAAUGGCUCCAGUUGAAUUAAAAGAGUUGAAGGCUCAAUUGCAGGAACUUCUUGAGAAAGGUUUUAUCCGUCACACUGAAGGUUUGAAGGUUGAUCCUAGUGAGAUUCAAGCUAUUGUUGAUUGGAAAACUCCUAAAACUCCAACUGAGAUCAGAAGUUUCUUGGGCUUAGCAGGAUACUAUAGGAGGUUCGUGAAGGGCUUCUCUAUUAUAGCUUCUCCUUUGACCAAAUUUUUGGGGAAAGACGCCAAAUUUGUGUGGGAUGACAAGUGUCAAGAGAGCUUUGAAAAGCUCAAAUCCUUGUUGACACAAGCUCUAAUACUUUCCUUGUUAGCUGAAAGGAAAGAUUAUGUGGUAUAG